UUUCACAAAUUUGAAGAUUUGUCUUUCUCGAGAAAGUGUUUCUUCUGAGUUGUUGACUCUGAAGAUGAAGUCUACUUGGGAAUUGAAGGAGCAUAUUGAGGAAAAUGAUGAAGUCGUUUUGAAUCGACAGGACGAGGACAAGGACGUCUUGGAUGAAGAGGAAGAAGACGAGGAUGAAUGACGAUGAUGAAUGAUGAGGAAUGACGAGGAUGGGGACGAGGAUGAAGAUGAGGAUGAGGAUAACGACGACGACGAUGCUCCUGAUGGCGAAGGCGAUGAUGAAGAAGACGACGAGGAAGAAGCGGAGGAUUUGGGAACAGAGUACCUCGUUCGUCCUUUAGCCACUGCUGAGGAAGAGGAAGCAUCUAGUGAUUUUGAACCAGUGGAGAACGGUGAGGACGAAGAUGAAGUUGAAGAUGGUGAGGAUAGUGAGAAGACUGAAGCUCCCUCGAAAAGAAAGAGGUUAGAUAAAGAUGAUUCAGAUGACGAUGAUGGAGGAGAAGAUGAUGAGAGACCCUCAAAACGAUAGAGUGGGGUCAUUCUUAUUCGGUGGACUUUGAACAAAUCACAGGUAGGUCAAUUUCUCACCCUUCUUUUCUUCAAAGAAAGGAUAGACUGUUUGAUGAAAUUAUUUUUCUUCCUUUGUAUUAUUAUGGUUCAGUAUAUUCCUAGGGUCGCUAGUUCAUCUCAUGGGUUCACCGUCAAUGUUUGUGUAUGAAAAACUCUUAUUUAAAAGGCUGGUUGAAAUUUGAGUUAGAGCCUAGAACUAAAUUGGGUCCUUUGCGGGCUUUUUUUAUAAAGGGUUUCUUGUGCACUUCAA